AUGGAUGACCCAGAAACACCAGGGCCUUGUAGCCUCUCACACCUCCCCUCCGAAAUCCUCCUCCAAAUCUCCAGCUACCUCGACCUCCCCGCCCUAAACGCCCUGACCCAACUAAACCACUCAACAACGCUCCUCCUCCAACCCUACCUCUACAAACUCGACGCCCGCCAAUCCUCAAAAGCCCUCUGUUGGGCCGCAAUCCAUAACAACGAAGCCGUCGCCCAGUCCUCCCUCGCCGCCGGCGCAAACCCAACAACCGUCUCCGAUCAAGACACCCUAAUAAAAGGCUGCUCACCACUCAUGCUAGCAGCCUAUCACGGCAGUCUAUCCGUCCUCUCUCUCCUCCUCACAUACCCAGAAACAAAUCCCAACUCCCGAGACAGAAAAUACAUCAGACCACCCAUAACAUGGGCAAUCAAGCACCGCCACGCCGCCAUCGUCCGCGCCCUCUUAAAAGACGACCGCACAGAUCCCAACCUGCAAGAUAAAUUCGGCGAUACAGCGCUCAUGACCGCCGUCACGCUACGCCCGGAUAUGAUUCCCGUUCUAUUAAGUGGCGGGUCGCGCGUUGAUCCGCGCGUGUCGAAUACGCAAGGCGCGACGGCUUUGUCUCAGGGCUAG